AGCUGAGAGUCUAUCUUGCACACAUCGAAAGGUUUCUUCAGAUUGAGUGUAAUCUCGAUAAUGCUUCAAUGUACAGUCGGUACGGAACAAGAAUGAUGCUAUAGAAUCUGCUCUGCCGUAACCGUAGGAACGGACAGCAAAAGUGACUUUGUAUUAUCGCAGCGAGCGUGAAAAACACUACAAAUCAAAGUAGCCGUGUACGAAGAGUGAACUCAAUUGCGAACGGAUAAGAUUGGUGUGAAGUUCUGAAUUGCACGGAAUAGUGAUCAAUAAAACCAUUUGUCGUCCUGGGUGUCCGUAGAACAGUGCUUGUGUUAAUAACCUCUAGUGUCCCGUUAUCCUAUCGGCAAGUGCAUUUGCGGAUGUAAACAAAGGGAAUUUUUUUUCUCGAUUGGCCCUUGAGUGCUCGGUGUGUUGAAUUCGUGGGCCACCGCAGUUCGAAUCGCUGUUUGCAUGAUUCUCGUUUUAUCGGGAGUGGAAAACAUCAGUUUACUUUGAUCAAGUAAUUUUAGAACGGUCGUUCUGUGGUUACUGAGCAAAGUACUGUGCAUUAAUAUUUGUUCACAGUAAAGAAAACGAUCUGGUGCAAUUUAAUCGUUGAAAGUUGUGUUGAGCGUUUGUUGUGAAGUGCAUUGGGAAGGACGAGAAAAAUGAGUGCCGAAUCAGAACUACGUCACCGAAAUAUUGGCGAUGAAAAUUUUAGCAACGAUUCCCAGCUGAAACCGAACGAUGGUAGUAAACAACCCGCACAGGAAUCGACUACGGCAGAAAGCUCUGAUCAUGUUGAUUCGGAGGAGGAGAAACUACCGGACGAAAAGUAUGUCGAAGAAUUGGCAAAAUCUUUACCCCAGGGCACAGACAAAACUCCAGAGGUUCUUGGACAAGCGCUGAGUGGAUUACCGGACAGAUGGAAAAACUGGGUGAUACGAGGAAUUUUCACCUGGAUAAUGAUCAGUGGAUUUUGUCUCAUAAUCUACGGUGGUCCACUCGCACUAAUGGUUACGGCACUAGCCGUACAGGUGAAAUGUUUCGAAGAAAUCAUUUCCAUCGGUUAUUCCGUAUAUCGGAUUCAUGGACUACCCUGGUUCCGCAGUCUGUCAUGGUACUUCCUGCUCACAUCCAAUUACUUCUUCUAUGGCGAGAAUCUCGUUGAUUAUUUCGGCGUAGCUGUCAACCGAUUGGAUUCUCUCCGAUUUCUAGUCAAAUACCAUCGCUUCCUUUCGUUCUGUCUGUACUGCAUCGGUUUCGUGUGGUUCGUGCUUUCGCUGGUCAAGAAGUACUACAUGAAACAGUUCAGUUUGUUCGCGUGGACCCACGUUGCCCUGCUGAUCGUUGUCACACAGAGCUACCUAAUCAUCCAGAACAUUUUCGAGGGACUGAUUUGGUUCAUAGUUCCGGUAUCGAUGAUUGUCUGCAACGAUGUGAUGGCGUACAUGUUCGGAUUUUUCUUCGGUCGGACGCCGCUGAUUAAGCUUAGCCCAAAGAAAACCUGGGAGGGUUUCAUUGGGGGAGGCUUCGCUACGGUGGUGUUUGGAUUGGCUUUCUCGUACUUGCUCUGUCAGUAUCAAUACUUCGUCUGUCCGAUCGAGUAUUCCGAAAGCGAAGGACGGAUGACGGUUGCAUGCGAACCAAGCUAUCUGUUCCAACGGCAGGAGUACCAGGUUCCGAUGUUUGGAUCAACAUAUACUAUCACUAUGUAUCCGUUUAUGCUUCAUUCGUUGUCACUGAGUAUCUUCAGUUCCGUUAUUGGACCGUUUGGAGGUUUCUUCGCAUCUGGAUUCAAGCGGGCCUUCAGAAUCAAAGACUUUGGAGACAUGAUUCCUGGCCACGGCGGUAUAAUGGAUCGUUUUGAUUGUCAAUUUUUGAUGGCAACCUUCGUUAAUGUGUACAUUUCCAGUUUCAUUCGCACCGCAUCGCCGCAGAAAUUGCUGAACAUGGUUUACAGUCUGAAGCCGGAACAACAGAUACAGUUAUUCAACCAACUGAAAGACAGUCUCGAGGAACGAAAUAUUAUCAAUUUAAACUAGAUUACCAGCACAGUUGUGUAAAAUAAUUAUUAAAAAAAAAACAACUUCAUCCAAACCGCAACCGAUCUAAAUUUGCAAUAUUUACGUAACUUGAAUUUGAAUUUUUGAUAAUAUGAAAUCAUACUCAAAGCAACAACAAAGUAUAAACACAGUCAAAACUAUUGAAUGAUUGUCGUAAUCAUAUAUGAAAACCAUAGUUGAUGUAAAGAUGGAUGGAUGGAUGGAUGGGCUAAAACAGAACCGUCUUACCCCCAUUACGAGAACGAUUGUUUUAGGACAAUGAGCAGAAUGAUUUUUAAAAAUCGAAGUUUUCGCGAUCUUUGGAUUAUUUACAAUACCAGUGAACAACAAGAAUCGAUUUGCUGAAUUAUUUAUAUCGAUGUAUAGAUUGAAGACGACCUACUAGUUGACAAAUGAUACCAACAGAAAAACGAUUAUAUCACCGUUACUAUCUCUGGUAAGAUUUUAUGAUAAUCUCUACUUUUUAAGAUUACUUCUCCUGACAAUGUAGCAGAAAGCGUCAUCCCAGUCUCCAGUUAGUUGUAUUAACAAUCAAUCAAUCAUGAUUUAGAGCUAUGUAGCGAACCAGAAUAAUACUAGGAAUUGUUGGUAGUUUCUAAUUCUUACAAACGCAGUGUUAGGUGUAGGUUACAGCCGAUAUGUGUAUGGAAGGCAGGGUAAGUCAAUUUUAGUGACGUAGCUUCUACAUUCCGAGUUCGCUGUUUAUGAUUCUUUCCAAGCCGCUUCGGUGAACCUGAAACUCGCUUCGAAGUAGAGAAGGAAAUUUGUUGUGAUUAUUACUGUUAUUAUACUUUCGGUUCUAGUUAAUAAUUUUAUAUUACUUUCGUUGAUGUUUCAUUAAAUGGAUUUAAAACUCAUAUUGUAUGUGCAAUGUAUCAAGUAUACUUUAUUUGUUCUUAUCACACCGGCAAACAUCAGAUCAACUUAAUUUAAACAUAUAGAAAUACUAGAUUACCGACUGUUUUCCGUUAUUACUGUUAUUCAUUUGGUUUCUUUUUGCCGUUCAGAGGGUCUGCAGAAAACUGAGCUCUUCCCAUUUUAAUUGUAAACAACCUGAACUGACAGCCUAAUGUGGAUCUCAUCACACAUGCGUAAUCCAUCGUAAUGUAAUCGUUAAAAUGGCACCAAAAUUUGUUGUUGUACGUUAUCCGAAUUUACUAAUGAAAAAUGGUCAGAAAACAUCUUGAUGCGUAUUGAAGAACUUUGACAAAAAAAAUGUUACAAAACUGAUCAGAAUCGACCUGAACAUUAGAAAACAAACCUUAAACAUUAUUAUUAAUAUUAUUAUUGUUAGAAACGAGCAACAUAAGUGCAAGUGGACAGUCACAAAAUCAUUCAAGAGAAAACAAUAUUUAGAGAAUCUUAGAGCAUAGUCUUUAUUCAUACAACUAAACAGGAACAUAGUAAUACCAUUGAUGUGACCCGUAGUAAUAGCAUGAAACGACGAAGGAGGAGUAACCCUUUUUCUAGCUGGAAAUGUUUAGUAUGGUCGUGAUUUAUAGCUUGUACUGACAAUGGAACGAUCGAAGUUGAUAUUUAAUAAACAGAACCCCAUUAAUGUAAAUGUGUAUAA